AUGUUUUCAAGAAUCAAAAAGGUUGUCAAGACUGGUCUGUUGGGUUCCUUGUUCAAUGGAGGACCCUUUGAAGACGAGAUAGAGGAGGAUAUUGGUGAUGAUCAACUAGUGGAUGACGAGGAGGUGGAGGUGGAAGAAGAAGUAGACGAGGAAGAGGAAGAGGAGGAGGGCGAGGUAGACAGCAACAAUAACAACAAUAACAACAAUAACAACAACAACACAGCCUCUCAAAACAAUAGCUCAUCUUCAUCUACUGUCGUUGGAGGCACUAACCCAUCUAAAAAAAGGAGAACAAAACUGGUUGUGAAUCAACAAGCUUACAAGCAAGAAGAAGAAUGGUUCAAAAGAGAGUUCAAAAGGGAUUUGAAUAAAGAUUUGUUCAAAAUGUUCGAGAGCCCUGAAUCAAUCUCUACCCUUGCAACUCCACAACAUAUAUCCAUGCACGAAAGAUUCAAUAGAUUCCUCCAAAUGAGGAUGAUAAAUCGAAAGGUGAACGGAGGACCUGUCAAUCCUUUCGAUUUAUCAGAUUUGGAUCCCAAUGCUUCCAAGUCAUAUGCCUACACACAAAUCAUUGAUCCAAAUGCAAAAGGAUAUGUCGACUGUGCCUGUACAGGCAAGCAAUGUGCCACCGACUAUUGUCGUUGUCAUUAUGGGAACAAGGGAUGUAACAAGACUUGCAAGUGCAAAUGCUUUAAAGUCAACGAUCUGGGUCAACAAUGGGAAAUGUUAGAUAAUGAUAAUUUUGAUAAACUAAGAAGUCGUAUCUCGUACAAAAUGGACGAAAACAACAAGGCCUUUUCAAAAAAUGUUCCACAAAACGCCACACCCCAAGAUGUUAUCAGUCUCAUCCUCAGCCCCAGCUUAAUCCGUUAUAUUCAAGAAGAAUCAACACUAUAUAUGAUAUAUAGGGUUGAGUAUAAAACAGAUUACGCAUUCUUAUCAAGUUAUUAUACAAAUUUACGUAAAGGAACAGGAGGAGGAGGGGGUACUUCAACUCAAAACAAACGUAAACAGAAGAAGAUUAAAAAAAAUCAACAAGUUGUGGAACCAAUUAGUGCAGAAGGGCCUAUUGAUAUCAGUUGGUUUCAAGGCACCCCAAUUGCUCAUGCGACAAAUAUCUCAACAACAAAUCCUUCAUCUACUCCUUCAACCUCUUCCUCCACCCCAGAAGAAGAAGAAGAAGAAGAAGAAGAAGAAGAAGAAGAAGUAGAAGUAGAAGCUGAAGAAGGAGAAGAGGAAGCUACAAAAACUUUCAAUCAAAUGACCAGUAGAGAAAGAAAAAAUGAAUAUAAAAGGAUAUCAGAUUCGAUGCCAACAUUUGAAGAUUGGAAAAAAGGUUUCUUUGUGUGUCCAUUUGAAGUUGCUCACACCAAUGAAGCAAGAGCAGAAUACAUUCGUCGUAUUGGAGCACAUGCUAUUGCCAAACCAUUCACAUUUCAAGAGAUAGAAUCUUUUAUAUAUAUGGGGUUUUUUAUGGGAAUAAUCAAACUUCCUAGAGUAUUCCAACAUUGGUCCACAACUAACAUGAAUAUGCCAACUCCCAUCUCAGACAAGAUGACAAGAAAUAGAUUUCAAGACAUUCUCAAGUACCUUCAUUUUGAUGAGGAAACUCUAGUAUCAAUGAUAGAGGACAAUUCGAAUAGAUACUACUCUCCCUCUCUGCGUCUCUCUGUGGACGAGUUCAUGGCUCCCUUUAAAGGAUUGGUCAGAUUCAGACAAUAUGAACCGGACAAACCCCAUAAGUUUGGACUCAAAUACUUUGUCCUAUCUGAUAACAAUGGAUUUAUCUUGACUCAAUGGCUUUAUAAAGGGUCAAGUGAAGAGACCACAAAGACUGCAAAGCUUGAUCAACCUGAUCUAUCUUUUAAGGGAAACAGUCCAUUACGAAUUCCUCUUGAAUUUGCACAAUGGGUAAAGGAAAACGUUGCCAAUGAAUCCAGACCACUUGAAAACUAUCUAUUUGCAAUGGAUAACUUCUAUACAUCAUUAGAAGUUGCCACUAGACUAUCCGACUUUAGAUCCAACUAUGGAGACGAAGUAGAUGAAGAAGAUUUGGAUAGUGGUGGUGUUGGUAGCAGUAGCAGUAGUUUGACACAUGACAAAGUACACUUUGUUAUGACGGUCAGAGCAAAUAGACCUUCAUAUCUAUUCCAAAAUGGUCUUAAGCCCCAUGUAGAAUCCAACACCAAAAAACUAGCAGCAUUUGCUUUCCCAAAACAAGAAUCUGGACUUCCACAAGACAUAUGUGCCGUUGCAAUCAAUGAUAGCAAAAUCACGUACUUUUUGACCAAUGCUGUCGAACCAACGGUUAGUGAAGGAGGCAAAAAGCUAUCAGUCCAAAGCGAGUACAACAACACCACACAUGGAGUUGACCUAUCAGGUCAAUUUGCCUCCUCUUAUAGGGCCAUGAUCAAUGCCUACUGUAUUUACAAGGCCCUUACAACCGAAAUACGACUCCAGUUUUCAGAAUUUGUAUCACAUGUUGUCCAAACCAAACUCAAUCUACCUCUACCCGCAACUAGCAGGAAGAGGAAACCCAUCCCCGAUCAACAACAAGAACUAUCAUCUAUCGUGGUUGAAGGAAGAAUCGGCGGCGACGAGGGCGAACAAGAAAGACUACCUCCAAUCAUGGAGUUACUCCCACAAGAUCCAUCAGACAAUCACAGAGUGGAUCAUAUACUUUGUACAAGUGAUUCCCGUUCUAAAUGCUUUUGGUGUGAAGCAAAUCAACCAGUGAAUAAUGGACCAAAGAAACGCGGUCGUGCUCUCACCUAUAAAACAAAAACAAGAGUAAAAACUAUGUGUAAUUCCUGUGGUGUUCAUAUGCACACUCAUUGUUAUGUAGAUUCACACCUGAGUCUAACACAAAAUGGUGAUUUUGACCGGCUAAAGGCAUUAGUCAAGCGAUACCACCUCCAACAACAACAAAAACAACAACAACAACAACAACAACAACAACAACAACAACAACAACAACAACAACAACAACAACAACAACAACAACAACAAUAG